UUAUUUCUUGCAUUUUAUGUAUUUUGCAUAAAUGCCGCACACAUUUUCCAACAUGUUCUGUUUCUGCUUUAGAGUAUCUUCUGAUACAUUUAAUGAAUUAUUUUGGGAUCUAAAUUGACAGAUGAAAAAUUGGCUCUCUUCAUUAGGUAUACAUAGUUGUCACAGACCAUUGGUAGAGCCCAGUUGGGACAAUUAUUUUCUCAGGUAGAGGACAUGUUGACAGCUUCUAGAUGAUAAAGAUCAGAGAGAGGCUCGAUGAUUGUCACAAGAUAGUGGGUUACAGUCUACCGAUAUUGCCCUUAAUUGGACAGCAAGAACAGUUACAUGGUAGCAUAGGGUGGAUGAGCGAAAAGUUUGUUAGAUUACAGACGAAGUUUUUGUAGAUGGUGUCGAUAAGGUUUUUCAGUCUGAGGACACAUGCAGAUAAGAUGAAAAUUUGACAGUCAUUCUUGGAGAGAGAAUAUAAAAGAGAUUGUAAAUUUGUGAACAUAAUUAUUAUCUAUAAACAGAAAUUGGAUCAUUAUUCAGUGCGCUGUUUGUUUUCAAACAAAAAAGUGGAAAAUAAUUUUGUUUUACAUCUAUUUUGACUAGAUAGACUGUUGUGUUGAGUUGUGUUCGAAGAAUAUUACUAAAGAGGCAAAUCUGUGAUUGAAAGAAGAAAGGACAGUUUAUCACACAGGUAGAAGAUCUGUUGGGACUGAGAGAGAAUACGUCAACAAUUGCAGGCAUUUCAGAGUGAUCAGAUGACGACUUCAUAAGGACUGAUUACCAAGGAGAUUCUUCACCAACCAUUACCAUGGCGAUAAUCUACAUAGUGACCUUACUUGUUUCCUUGGUUCCUGUAAAUUUCGUACUAGGUCAAGGAGUAACAUUUCGCAUUAAAGAGGAGGAGAGUGUAGGAACUUAUGUUGGAACAAUGAGGGACGCAAAUCUUGGUGUUCAAAGUUGGACUUACAAGAUCUCAACUCAGCAGACAGACUUUAGCUUGAACGACAGCACAGGGGAUCUGUAUACCAUGACAAAGAUUGACCGUGAUGAGAAGUGCAAGAAUUUCCAGCCAGGAUCAAGUUCGGAAUGUCAGGUUGAGUUCAGAGUGGCAUUCACUUCUCCAAACGGAACUAAAAUCAUUGAAGUGACUGUUAUAAUUGAAGACAUUAAUGACAAUGCACCUCUUUUCCCCACUUACACCUUUGAGCAGAAACUUCCAGAAAAUACUGGCAUCAAUGACUACUUUGCAAUUCCUCGAGCAGAAGAUAAAGACUCUGGUUCUUUCGGUAUUACAGAAUAUAAGCUAAAUCCACUUGAUCCUAUGUUCAGUCUGAAAUAUGAAAUUGAUCUUACUGGAAAAUAUGCCGUUUCGAUUGUAGUUAUAAAAGAAUUGGAUAGGGAGAGAAAGGACAGAUACCAACUGAAUGUCCAGGCCAUUGAUGGUGGUGGUAAACUUGGUAACAUGACAGUGAUUGUCAUAGUAACUGAUGUCAAUGAUAAUAAACCGGUCUUUGACAGAGUUAGCUAUAAUGCAUCUGUAGAUGAAGGGACUUCCUAUGGCACUGUUCUUCUUACUGUUAACGCAACUGACAAAGAUAUCGGAGACAAUGGACUCGUGAGAUAUCGGAUUCCCGAUGGAUUUAAGCAGACUGAUUUUUCGUUAGACUCACAGACUGGAAGUAUCAGUGUGGCAACUAACAAUAUCGUGUACCAGGCAGAUAAGAAUCCCUACAAAUUCAUAGUUGAGGCUUAUGAUAAUGGAUCAAAUCCCAAAACUGAGCAAGUGUGGGUCACAGUCUUAGUGAGGGACACAGAAAAUAACAAGCCUGAAAUAACUAUUAACUUUUUGUCUUCCGGAAAUACUGGCUACGUUAGCGUUGUGGAAAAUGUAGGGAAAAACUCUGCUGUUGCUGAUGUAUCAGUGAGAGAUUCUGACACUGGCGUAAAUGGAAUGGUUACUUGCUCAGUGCAGGAUAGCUUCUUCUCCGUUCAACAGCUUGACACUAAAGGAGAGAACUUUAUUGUUGUUGUGAACAGUCCUUUAAACCGAGAAUUCACGACCACACAUACAGUGAAUGUCACAUGCACCGAUAAAGGCCAACCUCCGAUGAGCUCAUCAAAGAGUUUUACUGUCAGAGUUACAGACUUUAAUGACAACAAGCCAAUUUUCGAGAACCAAAGUUACACAGCCAAAGUUCCAGAGAAUCUUAAAGAAGACAUGCUCCUUUUGAAAGUUACUGCCUCUGAUUUGGACGAAGGUGUGAACAGUCAGAUUCGCUAUGAAAUCAGGGACACACAGCUGAUUGUUGUCGAUCCGGUCACUGGUGUCGUGUCUGCAAAGCCUUCCUUUGACCAUGAAGCCACUCCAGUGAUAGUGUUCAAGGUGCUGGCUAUUGAUAGUGGUACUCCUUCUCUCACAGGCACCACUACAGUCACACUUUCCAUAGAGGAUGUCAACGACAACAGCCCAACGUUUAUCCAGUCGUCUUACUUUCUGGAAGUGUUAGAAAACCGACCCUCUGGGACCAUAGUAGGCCAGUUGUCCGCAAGAGAUUUGGACAGUGGUACCAAUGGAAUGUUUACGUUCCUGCUUUCGGCGGAUUUCCAGGAAAGUAGGCUUCCAUUUACCAUUUUUGAAAAUGGUGAAAUUCAGACAAACAAGGCUCUAGACAGGGAAGCACAGAAACAGUAUUCAUUUGUUGCUAUGGUGAUGGAUCAAGGAACAGUAAGAUUGAGCAGUUCUGUUGAAGUGUCCGUAAUUGUCGGAGAUGUUAACGAUAACAAACCAAAUAUUACGUUUCCAGUUAGCUCUAAUAAGACAAUCUCUAUAUAUUAUCCUAACAAUGACCUUGAAAUUGUUUCCCAGAUAAAGGCAUAUGACCUUGAUAACGGUGAAAAUGGAACUAUCAGUUACUCAAUUGUCAGUGGAAAUCAUUUGGGAAUAUUGGGAAUCGACCAAAAAUCUGGUGAACUUUAUGUGGCAGAUCAUAAUGUGAAAAUUUCUAAGGAUGUGGAGGUGCCGUUGAUGAUUGAAGUUUGCGACCAUGGGAAUCCUAAACAAGUAACGACAGCUGAGCUUAUGGUCAGCAUUAUCUUUUCCAAUGCCACCUAUGAUGAUGUCAGUGCUGAUAAAAAGGAACUUGUUGUAAUAGUCGUGGUUGUCGUUGUUGUUACAGCAUGUUUGUCAAUAUUGAUUAUCGCCGUAAUAUUUUUCCUGAGAAAACGAGACAAACUGAAAUACAACUCUGAUAAAAUUGGAUCAAAAUCCCUUGCAAAUGGCCCUGCUCAUAAACCAACUGUGUUCAUAAUGAAUAAUGCAGGGGAAUCAUCCACAGAUUAUGUCAGCUGCUCUGUAGAUGGUUCACGGAAGAAGAAGGAAGUGAGCUUCUCGAUUGACGAACAAGAAUCCAUCCACGCGUACCAGCGACUGAGUUUGGGCGUGAACAUGAGCCCUGACCCCAUUCCAUAUCAACCGGAAAAGCCUCCAAGACUGGAGAGUCCUGAAAGUGACAAAGACCUGUAUUAUGACAGGGUUUCUACGCGCCUUGAAAGCUUCAAACUUCAGCAGAUGCUUACCCAGCAUAAGUCUCGACAAGUCGCAACUGCACACGCAAACCCCGACGACAGUCGUAGCGAGUCAUCAGGGGAGACAAGCAGUGGUGACAGCGGACGUGGAGCGAGUGAGGAGGAAAUACAGAGUGCUUCCCCCUCACAUGAUGACCAAAAGGUGUUCCAGUAUGAAGUGCCAUCAAAAUCACAACCAUCUUUAUCAUCAAAGCAUCAUAUCAUGCCGCCUCGCCCAUUACCACCCUCAUCAUCAUCAGCAGCAGUAGCAGCAAGGAGCGACAACUACAGCCUUGUGCCACCACCCAUCCCUCAUCGCUCAUACAAACCUUUCACAUCUUCAGUUGCAAGUCCAGCAUAUUCUACAAACAGUGUUUACCAGUAUUCAAAUGACCCAACUUACAAUAACUUUAGCAAAGUCAUGGACGUUGACGCAAAAGUGUUGCCAUGGCAGAAUGCUCAAAAUCGUGACAAUUCUAUAAAAUCAAAUAUUUACGCAACGCAAAAUGAGUUUUCCUUCACUCCAUCUCGAUAUCGGCUGAACUCACAUGACGAUGAUGAUUGCUCAACCACCACCUCAGGCAGCUACACAUUACAGUCAAUAGAAGACUUGUUGUAAUUGGUCAGAUUUGUGUGGUCUUCAGGUUACACAACUUUCAAUUGGACGAAUUAAAUGUGACCUUAAUAUGGAGGCCAUGAGUACAUCUCUUUGCUUUAUUCAUCUGUGAUAGUGUAAAUAGCUAACAGAAUAACUUACUGAAGCCAAAGUUGGUAUUUGUCGUUGUGCUCUUGGUUAAACAAAAAAGUGUUUGUAAAAUAUGUGAACAUGCUCAUUUAUAUUAUAUUAAAUAUGUUGUUCUAUUAUAUGAUACAAACAUUUGUUAAAUUUACUUUUAUGAUUCAACAUGUAAAUUGAAUUUUGUUCCAAGGUUUUUUAAGACAUUUCUGACUAUGUUUAUCAAAUAAUUAUUUUGUUCUGAAAUAAUGUGUUCAUAACUUGAUGACUUACUCAAUUGGGACACAAAAUUUAAUGACUCAAAUUGUUUUGUUAUUUAACAUGCCUUGCCUAUACCUUGUGUGUUAAAUGUUAGGAGAAUAAAAAUAAUAAAACAAGAGCGGAAUUGUAGUUUUUAAAUAACUUUGAAUUUACUUACAACAAAUCAAUAUGAGUACUGGUUCAAUUUGUGUUUAUACUUUUUUCAAAAAAAUUCUUUAUCAUUUAUUUAGUUGUAUAAUGUAAAUUCUUCAAUGACCUCAGUCUUUGUUAAUGUACAUUUCAAAAUACAACCUGAAUGUUAACAGUGGGCCAAUCUGCCACAUUUUAAUUGUUUUAAUGUAUGUAUUGCCAUACUUUAGUCAAGGAACUUAUUUUCUUGUUGACAUACUCUAAAGAAGUAACAAUAAGACUACUCAUGCCUAUAGUGAAAAUCUAUGUAUGGUUCAUAAAUUUCAUUUAUCAUGGUACAUUGUUUGAAUGUUCAUCUGUUCUCUUUGACACAACUGCAGGAUUUGUUAUGUUUGUAACAUUAUAAAUGUCUAUAACAGUGUACAAUAUGUGCAUAAAUAA